AUGAAGAAGGAUAAUCCGGAACCGUCUGACAAUACCAUCUCCGAGCCAGAAGAUGCCGAGGGUGCGGCUGAAGCGAUAAGCGUGGAGGAGCUGAUGGGCUCCAUCAUGAAGGGAGUGUCGAAAGCCUUCUCCACUACCAUCGCGAACAAGACACGAGGCCCUGUGAAGAGCUCUGAGCCCGAGCCUCCCAAGCAGCCAAAGCGACCAACCAGGGUCUCCAUCCGGAAGCAACCAGAUGAGUUCCCGGAGGCCGACGAGCAACGCUACAAAAAAAUCGCCAACAAUGGAGGUGGGCAGCAUUCAUGCAAUUUAGCCUAA